GUUGAAUCUUUCCAAAGUUACAGAAUAAAGUUACAAAAUAAUGAGCUUCAGUGUUGUUAUUUGAUGUUCAUAUUUGAUAGGUACAGGAGUACAUAUGUACGUAAGCCAUUACCACCAGCCACACCGUUUGACGAAUCUAUGUACAAAAUACAAGGUACAAAAGUCUUGGUCCUCGACAUUGAAAUCCGCAACCGCACUGAUCACUUGAGAUCACAGAUCAAGAAAAUCUCAAACCGUCUUUACCCUAUCGCAGAUCAGAUAGAUCUAUUACCAUUGUCGCAAUUCACAUAACGUACAUACGAUCUUGACUCUAGGUACUCCCACCGCCGCAGAACAUGACGGAAAAAGAACGGUCUGAGAUUAUAUGAUUUUCUUCAGCUUCCGAUUACGCGCCUUUGGUGCUUUUCAAUUUCCGACCGCCGGGUCUCGAUAAUGCCUGAGCACCCUGAGCACCUCGACCCGUCUGAACAUGAUACCUUGAGACUGCUCUCACGAUCUCCGCACCCCUAUCAUCACCAGAACUCAGACCUGCUCGACCCAUCCGACCUAUCCGAUCCCUUCGCAUAUAAAUACGCUACAAGACACAAUAUCGAUGCGCCGUCUGCGCUGCGCAAUACCCCAAGAGAAAUUACACCCAGUAGCGACAGUGGCACCGAGGCCGACGAUGAACACUUCCUCAAAGGGUUACCAGCUCCGAAACGGCUGCGAAAGGGGUUACGAGGACGCAAUGAAGUCUUGUCCGGGACUGCCACCCCGAUACCCUCCCCCGCCCUCCUCGAGGAAGAAGGUCGAAAACCGUCCUAUGACUUGAAAAAGGAGACCCAUCAAUGCAAAAGGCUACAUAGCCCAGCUGAUCGAGUGCGGAGGAGAAAGGAGAUCAUCCGUCGCUCUGCCGAAUUGCUCAUCAUUACUUUCCUCGGUCUCAUGCUUCAUACCAAUACCCGUGUUCAGCACAUACUACGCAAAUGGAAUCGAGAAAUCUACACUUGGCUAGGAGUGUCAGCCUUCCUGGUCCUUCUUUACCCCCUGCGGCUAGUGAUAUGGGCAUACUGCCACCGAACGCCCUCGAAGAAGAUACCAAUAUACAUACCACCUUCAUUCGACCUGGCACCUCUCUUUUACCCCCCUGCCAUAACCAUCCUUGUCUCGUUGCUUCUUGCGGUUGAUAAUGAAGCGAUACUGCUACCGAACAUAAUACUCGCUAUCUCUUCUUUACCGCCGAGUCUGAUACCCACCAUUGCAAACAGUGAUUUAGGAUACGAUCCGUUGCAUUGGACACUCUCAUGCUUGCCUCUACUUCUAGGGGACGGCCUCACGAAGUCCAGCAUCUCUCGGAUGAUUAUGGGGGACACCAGCCCUUUUCCGGUAUUUAUUUCCCUCGAAACCGCGACUCUAUUAUACCCCUUACAUCGGAGCCUCUGCUCGGUUUUGCAUUCCCUAACUACCACCAGUCUGCUCACGGCCGAGCUACAGUUAUUAUCCACCUCACUUAUUGGUCUCUUAUUUCUUUCCUCCUCCCCACAGGCAGUGAUCUUAAAAUCAAUGCUUUGGGUAGGAGGACUUGAUAUCCUAGUCUCAUGCAGCCAUGCGAUCAAGUGGGGGAUAUCUUUGGCCCGCGUACCCAAAUGGCGCUUUAGGAGGACAGUUGCGCCAUCUAAGCCGGCUUCCAGCUUUUUCUCCAGCAUUAUGUCGUGGAGAAGGGUGAAGCAUGACCUGUUUCAUGCGCCUGUGGACAAUUCAUCUUGUAGUUCAUGUGAAGCCUUUGAUGAUCCUGAAGACAGCGACUGUCCGGGAUCCAUAACUUCCAAAGGCCCGCUCCGCGUGAAUACUAUAUGCGAUCCAGCCAACCCUACCGGAGCCGAGCAAAACUCACAUCUCACUAGGGAUGUAGGACAUAAGAUCUCAUAUAAUAUUUCGGAGACGAAAGCCGGAUCCGCGCUGCUCCGCCGACAUACGUUACCUAGCGUGCACAGCGCAUCGCGCAAAUCUCAUACUCACACACCGUCCGGUCGAAGGAAGCGGACAGCUUCCUAUACUGUCCGUGCCUUCUUCUCACUCACUCAGGGACAAGCCACGACUCGAAAAUGGAUCUACGCUGCUUAUGUUUACGCCUGUAUCGUGGGUGCCAUAUUCAUCCCACUUCCUUUUAUCGGCAUAAAAAAGGUUGUUGCAGAAGAAGCGCUUCACGGCUACGAGCCUGUGGGCUGGGCGCUAGGCUAUCUAUUCGGAGAUUUACCGCGGUUCAGAUGGGAGGUCGUCAGCCACAACCUAGAACGAUGGAUAUGUCUUCCUUCGAGGCCAGGCGACGAUCUUGAAUAUUUCGAAUCCAUGGGUUCGGUUGAUCGUCUUCGCCAGUUAUAUCUUGGACAGGCUAAUACUCGGCUCGUUCUAAGCGCGUAUUUCGUGGCUACCAUUGUGGUUGGAUUAAUAGUCGUUUUCCGGCUAUCACCUAUCUAUGAGGUAGAUACGCGACGAAAGGUCUUCCAUUUUAUGAUGGUUGCCAUGUUUCUGCCCGCCACUUAUAUCGAUCCCGCGUUUGCGUCGCUAGCAUUAUCUAUCGUCCUCGCCGUUUUCCUUCUUCUCGACCUCCUUCGGGCAAGUCAACUUCCACCAUUGUCGAAGCCCCUGGCCUCCUUCCUCGCCCCGUACGUUGACGGGAGAGAUCUCCGGGGCCCAGUCGUCAUCUCCCACAUCUUUCUUCUCAUUGGCUGUGCCAUUCCUCUGUGGCUUUCGUUAGGUUCACUCCCGCGGACCGGGACUGGUUUUCUAGAAGGCUGGGAGCUGCCCUUCAGAGAAGUUAGCAUGGUAUCAGGCGUCGUGUGCGUAGGUCUUGGCGACGCCGCCGCUUCCCUAAUCGGAAGACGUUACGGACAAAGAAAAUGGCUAUGGGGUGGUGGCAAGAGCCUCGAAGGGAGCGUGGCUUUUGCGUUUGCCGUCUUCUUCGGGCUUACGGCCGCACGUUUCUGGUUGCAUGCUGGCGGCUGGCAACCGACAAAUGGCAAUUCAGACUCAUGGGUCGUCGCAACUCAGAAGAUGGGGAUGAGUGCUGCCACUGCCAGCCUCACGGAGGCAGUCUUGACCGGUGGUAACGACAACGUCAUUGUGCCUAUCGUCCUGUGGACUUGCGUGAAGAGCCUCGGUAUUUGAGUUGUCGUUACAAUAUUAGAUGAAUGAAAGCUGUUUGAAUAAGGCGUCUGGUCAAUGUUUCGGUGUUUGCCGGGAGUUGGGGAGGCCGGUUAGAGAUCGGAUAUACCAGUCAGAUCCUGUUGAUGAUUUUUAAGUGCUACAAUGCAGAGAUGGCGUUAUACGACGAAUGAAGAAGGGGGAAUGAACGAAGACAACCCAUUCCAACCUACCUUACUGAUGGAUUCAUGAUCACGUUCCCCUAGAUAAUAGCUAAUGUGAUAGACUAAGAAUCAUAGAGGGUUGAUCCCCUGCUGAUCGUAGACUUCGAUAAUGUACUUAGGCGAUUAUAGUUGUCCUAGAAAUAGUAUUCAACUAGUCUCACC